CACAGGAGCUGGAAGACCGCGUGUACCAUUUCCCAUCCGAAGAGGAGCACUUGUUUUCACACUUCGCCUUCCUCUCCCUCUAAGAACAACCGAGGCAGACCCAGAUGUCCCUGAAUGGCUUCCUAGCUAUGGCGGCUACGUUUCCGGGUGAAUCCAAGCAAGAUAAACGGUGCGGAGAGGAGGCGCGGGGCUGGGCUCAGAGCGGCGGCGGCGGCGGCGGCGGCUCCACUCCCUCCGCGCCCACCCUCCCACCAUGCGGGGCCGCGGCCCAUGGUGAGCCCCAGCAGGCAGCACCAUCGGCUGGAGACGAAGAAGAAGAAGAAGAGGAGGCGGCGAGCGCGGGGGAAGGCGAAAAAGAAAAAGAAGGGGAGAGGGCUGCCAGCAGCACCGGGACCGACGCGCGCACCAGCCCCAGAGCCCGGCUCGGGCGCGGCUGCAGCGCCGCCCGACUCCCGAGCCCAGGCGGCGGCGGCCGGCGCCGGACCAUGGAGCGCGGGCUGCACCUCGGCGCGGCCGCCGCGGGCGAAGACGACCUCUUCCUGCACAAGAGCCUGAGCGCCUCCGCCGCCAAGCGCUUGGAGGCGGCUUUCCGCUCCCCGCCCCCGAGCAUGGACCUGUCCCUGGCGCCGCCGCCUCGGGAGCGCCCGGCGUCCUCCUCCUCGUCGCCUCUGGGCUGCUUCGAGCCGGCUGACCCCGAGGGGGCAGGGCUGCUGUUGCCGCCGCCCGGGGGAGGCGGCGGCGGCGGCGGCGGCGGCGGGGUGGGCGUCCCCGGGCUGCUCGUGGGCACUGCCGGCGUUGGGGGCGACCCUAGCCUGAGCAGCCUGCCGGCUGGGGCCGCCCUGUGCCUCAAAUACGGCGAGAGCGCCAGCCGCGGCUCGGUGGCCGAGAGCAGCGGCGGCGAGCAGAGCCCCGACGACGACAGCGACGGCCGCUGCGAGCUGGUUCUGCGGGCCGGCGGCGGAGACCCACGGGCCUCCCCGGGCGCGGGAGGCGGCGGCGUCAAGGCGGCCGAGGGCUGCUCCAACGCCCACCUCCACGGCGGCGCCAGCGCCCCCCCGGGGGGCCCGGCCGGCGGCGGCGGCGGGGGCAGCGGCGGCAGCGGUGGCGGCGGCGGCGGCAGCAGCAGCAGCAAAAAAUCCAAAGAGCAAAAGGCGCUGCGGCUCAACAUCAACGCCCGGGAGCGCCGGCGGAUGCACGACCUGAACGACGCGCUGGACGAGUUGCGCGCGGUGAUCCCCUACGCGCACAGCCCCUCGGUGCGGAAGCUCUCCAAGAUCGCUACGCUGCUGCUCGCCAAGAACUACAUCCUCAUGCAGGCGCAGGCCCUGGAGGAGAUGCGGCGCCUCGUCGCCUACCUCAACCAGGGCCAGGCCAUCUCGGCCGCCUCCCUGCCCAGCUCCGCGGCGGCGGCGGCGGCGGCCGCUGCCCUGCACCCGGCGCUCGGCGCCUACGAGCAGGCUGCCGGCUACCCGUUCAGCGCCGGGCUGCCCCCGGCCGCCUCCUGCCCGGAGAAGUGCGCCCUGUUCAAUAGCGUCUCCUCCAGCCUCUGCAAACAGUGCACGGAGAAGCCUUAAACACCCCCCACCCCCGAAAAACAUAAGACCGACCCCAAAGCUAGAGGAGAGUGAAAAGCUGCUCCCCACCCCCCUUUAUUUGGUCCUCUCGUAGUCGUGAAACACUUGCAGAGAAAACAAAGCAGAGGCGAGAACUGCGGAGAAGUAUCAGAGACAAACGGGACU